AUGAGGAAAAAGGUGAUUUUGCAACCUCACCAAAGCAUUUCAGAACAACACAGAAUGUUGACUGACUUUGAAGGUGCUACAAGAAAAAACGAAGUAGGGUUCUGCACUUGGACUAGCAAAGAGUUCCACCAGUACCAGGUUGUUGGGAGGAAGCUCCCUACGGCAUCUAAUGAGCACCCCGAGAUUUACUGA